AUGACCGACAACACCCAGGAAGCCCUUGACUUUGUCGACUUCGUCAACGCAUCCCCCACGCCCUACCAUGUCGUCCACAGCGUCAAGGCCGAGUUGGCGGCCCACGGCUUCGUCCAGCUCCUUGAACGCGAUGCCUGGAGUAUCGACACUCUCAAGAAAUCGGGCAAGUACUUCGUCACCCGGAACGGCAGCUCACUUAUCGCCUUCACCGUGGGUGGCCAGCACGCCGCUGGCGAUGGUUUUGCCAUUAUUGGCGCUCACACGGACUCUCCGUGCUUAAGAAUCAAACCUAUCUCCAAGCGCACCACCGAAGGGUUCAUCCAAGUUGGAGUUGAACAGUACGGAGGCCUUAUUGCGCACACUUGGUUCGACAGAGACCUCUCCAUCGCAGGCCGAGUGUAUGUGAAAGACGGCCACAAGUAUGUGCCGCGGCUCGUGAAGAUUGAUAAGCCUUUGUUACGGAUUCCUACUUUGGCCAUCCACCUCAAUCGCGAGGCCAACCAGAAGUUUGAAUUCAACAAGGAAGAUAAGUUGUUACCGAUUGCCGGUCAAACAGCCCACAGCUGUGCGGAUGACCCAGAAUUGCAGAUGAGCCCCGAACAGUUCCAGUCGGUGCAAUCGGUGGUACAGAGACACCAUGUUGGUAUAAUCAAUUUGGUUGCAAAACAGUUGCAGGUGGAGGUGAACCAAAUUGAAGACUUUGAAUUGUUGCUCUACGACACGCAGAAAUCGGUUAUUGGUGGCUUGAACGACGAAUUUAUCUUCUCGCCUCGGUUGGAUAACCAGGAGCUGUGUUUCUGUGCCACCAGAGGGUUGAUUGCUAGUACCACCAGUUUGGAGGCCCAGACGGGUAUACGGGUGAUUUCACUUUUUGACCACGAAGAGGUGGGCUCCAAGUCGGCCCAGGGUGCCGACUCGAGCUUCUUGCCCGACGUUUUGCACCGACUUACGGUGGCCAGCAGCUUCUACGAAGCGAUGUCCAAGUCGUUUGUGUUAUCCAGUGACAUGGCACAUGGCGUACAUCCCAAUUAUAAGGCCAAUUAUGAGGAUAAAAACAAGCCCGAGUUGAACAAGGGGCCGGUGAUUAAGGUGAACGCCAACCAGCGAUACUCGACCAAUUCUCCUGGAAUUGUGUUGUUGAAGAGAUUAGGAGAAGAUGCUGAGAUCCCGCUCCAGUUGUUUGUGGUAAGAAAUGACUCACCGUGUGGGUCGACCAUCGGGCCAUUUUUGGCGUCCAAGUUGGGGAUACGUACCUUGGACUUGGGCAACCCCCAGUUGUCGAUGCACUCCAUUCGGGAGACAGGAGGAACCUUUGAUAUCGAGAAGUUGGUGCGGUUGUUUCGGUGUUUUUGCGAACGGUACCACCAGUUGGAGGCGGUUAUCCACGCCGAUGGCUAG